UAUGUUUAAUGAACAAGUUUCAAACAAAUCAAAUGUAGAAAAUUUUUGCCUAACAGAAUUGAGCUAUUAUAGAUAACUUUGUUGAAAUAAAGAUAUACUUUCUAAAUUCACAUCAAUGUUUAGAUUAUUACGUGUGUUAAUUAGCUAUGUAGAAAUAUACUUAUAGAAAGAAGAAAGUUAUGGUAGCAGAAAUAGACUGUUUUCACAAGGCAUGGAUUUGGGAAUGCUAAAAAGAAUUUUGAUUCUGCUCAUGGUGAAUUUAGGAGUAGUGGUACACGAAACAAAGGCACGACCUUUUGCGGUUAAAAGAACAACACGAAAUGCCAACGAAGAUGUCAAGCUUCUGUUCAACCAUUUCUCAAAAUCUUCUCUUGCUAAGAUAUCAUAUUAUGGAGCGUAUCCAGUUGGAACAAGUGCUUGUUCCCUGGACCCAAUACCUCCUCUGAUUAACACGAAGAAAUGGAUUCUGGCUGCUGUCUCAAAAUUUGAUUUCCUGGACUCGCUCACAUGUGGAACAUGUUUGAGAGUAUCCAUGAUAGACCUGACCGCUAGGGAAGACCCAGAGGACAUCUAUGCCGCUGUUAUUGAUAAAUGCAAUGACUGUCAAAAAGGUGAGAUUAACUUGUACAUGGAUGGUAAAGGAACAAUUAAGGCAAAUGUAGAAGCUAUUGACUGUAUGGAUAAGUCACGCCCUGACGAGAAACUGAGAUUGGUUAUUCAAAGCGCUGAGAAAAACUCGUCUAAAAUCCAAAUCAGGAAUUCACUGCUGCCAGUGGUUUUAAUGGAAUGUUUUCGUGAUGGGCGAUGGGUUUGCCUGCGGAGAGAAGCAGACAACUACUUUGUUUUAGAAGAUCUUCAAGCCCUUGUUCCAGUGCAAUUUCGUGCAACGAGCAUAGCUGGAGAAAAGAUUGGUUUCUCGCUAGAUCAAUUUGAAUUGGGUGUGGAAAUCCCACUAAAACAACAAUUCACGCCUUUUCAUUCAGGAAGUCGUGUUAAUAAAAGUCCUAUAGUUGCCUGCAACAAUGAAGUGAAAGCGAUGAACUCAUCAAAAAGCGGCACUUUAGUGCAAAGAGGCAACCCUGUGGAACAAGAUGCAAAGUCUUCCAGCAAAGAUCAAGGUAAAUUCAAAAAUGACUUGUCAAAAGGAGGAAAACAAGUCAAAAGUAAUUUAACUGAAGUCGGUCUUUCGAUGCAACAGCCUUUAAACAAAUCUUUUUGCAAGCAACGUCAAGACGGUUCGUAUCCACACGAGGUUAACUGUGAAAGGUUUGUUUUGUGUGUCCAAGGAAAGUCUCUUGACAAGAUAUGUCCGAAUAGCCUUCGAUAUAACUCAAAAGUGGGUGUUUGUGACUGGCCUAAAAACGUUAUUUGCAGCAGUAACAGUACUAGAGAAAGAUCAGAUUCAGGAGAAGACCACAUGACACCGGUUGAUAACGACGAUGAUGUUUACACCAAGAAAUUUAUUGGAAAAGAGAGAAGAAAGUCUCCCAUAAGCCCUUUGAGAAAUAGAAAUUGAUAAUCAUCAAAAGGAUUUGUCAGUAACAUGGCGACAUUUGCGAGGAAAUGUAAAGUGCUGUUCAUGUCUUUGUUUUUUCAGAAGUGUAAAAUAACGCUCCUACUUUUAUUUGGAGUUUUGUGAUUUUAUUAGAUAUAUCUUUUGCCUACAACUUGUUUUGUCUGCUUAUCAGCUUUACUCUUUCUUAAUCGUCA